AGACUGGAACACCUAAGAAGCCAGACAACAGCCGUGUCCCUUUUCGACGGUUGCAUUGUUCUUAGUACCAUUCGUAGUACCAUACGUAGUACCGUUCGUAGUACCGUUCCUAGUACCGUUCGAAAUACCCGGUCGACGAAAUAUACUCCUCCGUGUAGCCUCCGUCGGGCGCAAAGGCCGUGCUAAAAUGGGACAGGCCAACAUCACGUAGCGUACGUCAACCGCUGUUUGUGCGUUUACGUUACGUAGCUUACGUUGCGUCGACUAGAAACCGUGACUGCUGCUGAUUAAUAAACCAUACGGCUGUUGACUUACGACCUAAACGUGUAAAAUGGACUCCGAAAUAAUUAGCGUUUUAUUUUUAAUUUUUCAUUAUUUAAUAGAAGAAGAGUCAAGGUGUCGUCGUCGUCGUCGCAGCCGUUUAUGUCUGUUAGGACUGAGUGAACCCAGAGGAAAAUACUGCAAAAUAAACCGGAGUGUGGCAGUGCUGGAAAGGUUUUUCAAUCAUCAAGACACAUGGCCUGACUUUCGGCUGAGCAGGGAAUCCUUGGCAGCACUAAUGCGCCUUCUCAAACAGGACCGACGAUAUGGAUGGGGUGCUGAGCUCGAGGUCCUGGUCUUCCUCUUCUGGCUGGCAAGAGGGACAUCAUACCGGGUGGUCUCCAGAGUGUUUGGGAUACCCCGCUCCACUGUCCACCGCAUCGUCCGCAGGAUCACUCACGAGGUGGUGGCCCUUCGUCACAAAGUCAUUCACCUCCCUAACAGUGAUGAAGAUCUUGAAGCAGUAACCCGUGGAUUUGCAGAGCUGGCAAGGCACAGGGCCUUUAGAAGAGCAGCUGGGGCAAUAGAUGGCUGCCAUGUGAGAAUCAAGCCACCCAGUGGCCUUGAUGGUCAGUACUACAGAAACGGGAAACCAUUUCCUAGCAUCAUUCUGCAGGCUGUCUGUGACCAUCAGUGCCGCUUCAUAGACACCUACGUGGGGUGGCCUGGUUCUGUCCACAACGCAACGGUCCUACGACACAGUCCUCUCUACCAGAGAGGCCUGUAUCCUCCUCCAGGGCACUUCAUCCUCGCAGAUGGAGGGUACCCCUGUCUCCAGCAUCCACUCCCCCUCAUCACUCCCUACAAGCAGCCAGUGCAAGGUGUGGGAGCCCAGCGCUUUAAUUUCCAUCACUCCAAAGCACACUCAGUUAUUGAGUGUGCUUUUAGCAUGAUGAAAACAAGAUUCAGGGCCAUCUUUUUUCAAGUGCUGGAGAUCCACCACAGUUUUGCACCACUUGUCAUCACUGCCUGUGCUGUCCUCCACAACAUCUGUCUUGGGGCAGGAGACAUCGUGGAACUGGAGGACGAGCCAGAGGAAAAUGUAGUGGAGGAUGAGGGGGAGUAUGAAGUUGAGGCUCUUGCUGAAACACAGUGGCGGGACCAGCUGUCUGCUGAGGUGUUUGCCCUGGAGGAGGUUCCCGUGGACCAUGAUUAUGUCUAGGUAUUUACAUAAUAGCAACAGUUUCUAAUUAUUAUUUAAAGUGUUUCAGGGUUAUUACCUGUAAACACUAACUGUAAAAAGAUGUGAUGUAGCAUGAGCAGGAGUACUAUCACUAUUCUUUCCAUGCCAGUCAUCUAUUGCUCCAGCCCUGCAAACCCAGCCGACAAACAAUGCAGUGGACAGUGGAACAGCACCCGGUAUGAGAGCCCCACUUACCAGCCAUAAGAUGCUUGAGCCCAGUACUGUCAAGUUGGUCCAGGCAGAGACGUUUCAUGGUCCCUGGAAGUGUGUCUUGAUGAUUAAACAUGGCACUGGCACACUCAAGUAACAUUCAAAGUGCAAAUCAAUAAACCUUAGUGUCUUAAGUAAUUACAUAUUGUACAUUGUACUUUGUGUUCCUUUGUUAAAGAAAUAUCAUAUUGAUACAUGUAAAUAUUUAAACACUCAUAAAUCUUUCAAAAUCAAAGUGUUUAUUUUUUGUCAACCAAUUUCUCCAGUAAACUAAACAAGCGUUCAAAGCGUUCUUUCCUCUCCUUUGCCUCCCUCUCAUCUCGCUCCCACUGUCUCCUCAAGUCCUCCCUGUACAGUUUUAUAAUUUCACUCUCCCGCUCUCUUUUUAUUGCUCCUUGCCCUUGUCUCAAUGGCCGCCGCUGCUGCUGCUGUUGCUCCUGCUGUUGCUCCUGCUCCUCGUCGUCAUCUUCCUCCUCCUCCUCCAGCUUCUCCUCCUCCUCUAGCUUCUGCUCCAGCUGCUGCUCCUCCUGCUUCAGCUCCAUUUGCUCCUCCUCCUGCUUCAACACCAGCUGCUCCUGCUGCGCCAGCUGCUCCUCCUCCUCCUGCUUCAACACCAGCUGCUCCUGCUGCGCCGGCUGCUCCUCCUCCUCCUGCUUCAACUCCAGCUGCUCCUGCUUCUGCGCCAGCUGUUCCUGCUUCAGCUGCUCCUCUUCCUCCUGCUGCUGCUUCUGCACAAGCUUCAGCUCCAGCCGCUGGUAGUUCUGCCUGGCAGUACUUGGCCCUGGUGUGUCCUCAGAGAUGGAGGCGAUGAGGACAGGGGGGUUGAUCGAGGGCCUCUGCCCCAACACCUCAUCCAUGAGGACAAACCAGGGCCAAGUUUCAGCAGUGGCCUUCCCCAUCACUCCUUCUAUAUUUGGACACUUGCAAAC